AAUGGUCAAUGGGAGAUUUUUUGGUCCAGAUAUUUCAGGAAGAUAUAAGGGUCUUUUGAGGAAAUAAUUUUAUUUUCAUGGACUCCCAUGGAUUUAUGAUUAACCCAAAAAUAGAGAAUUGAGUCCUUAUCAUAGAAAACCUAAAGGACAUAAGCGUGAAAGAACACGAGAAUAAAGGUAUGAUAGUUAAAUAAAAUUUAGAAUUGAAAAAAUAAAAAAGAAUCUAAUGAAUUAUGCUGAAGAGGAAUUUAAAUUUAGACAAGAAAGAUUAAAUAAAAGACCUCCAGGUGGUUUGGAUAUGUAAUGGAUAUUUUUUACAAUAGGAUUGUAUAGAAAAUGAUUCCAUCUUGGAUUCAUCCCAAAACAGCUGCCUAAUUAUAGAGUACUAAGUAAUUACUGUUGAUGAAAAGAGGUAGAUAACCCAAAUAAGAAGAGGAAUAUAAAACUGAUCAAUAUGAAUUUUGAU